UAAUACUUAGGUGAUUAUAUGAUUGGAUUACCAGUUUGUGGUGAUGGAAAUUCAUACAAUAAAGAACUUCAUGAAACGCUUUGUCUCAGAUGGUACAUAGCAGCAGCGUCCAUGCCUUAUUUCCGCAUAUCUUCAGACGAUCCAUAUCGCGAUCCGAAUAGCUUAAAUACGCUGUAUACAACAAAUGCCGUCACAACGACCAUAUCAAGGAGAAAAUUAUUUCAAGAGUAUUUUUACACGAUACUCAGUAAAAAGGAACCACUUAUACGUCCAAUGUAUUACGAUUAUUAUAGUAAUAAUGCUACAUAUUCAUUAGAAAGUCAAUAUGCUAUUGGUACAGAUGUUAUAGUUGCUCAACCUCUGACAUCGGGUAAAUCAAAGCUUCAAGUAUAUCUGCCCGAAAAGAGAAAGAUAUGGUAUGAAUUAUGGGGAGGUGCUAUGUUUACUCCGGCGAAAAAAGAUAAUUAUUAUGUUACUAUUGAUAUUAUCGAAACGGAUUGGAUUGCAUUUGUAGCUCAAGGAUCUAUAGUUGCCCUCACUGAUUCUAAUAAAGUUAACUUAUACAUAGCAUUGGACUGCACUAAAGAAUGCACCGCAAAUGGCGAAUUAUACAAGGAUGAUGUGUAUAUUUCGUUCACCGCCACUAAUACAACUGUCACAGUGAAUAAUUUGCCCAACAGUUGCCAAUAUACUCUUGGAUAUCUAAAAUAUUACGGAUAUAAUACAACCUCUGGAUAUGCAGGAAGAUACGAAAAUAAUGAAAAUUUAUGCCCAGGAGGAGGAAGUUCUACAACGAUAACUUAUAUUACUGAUUCUAAAUAGGAUAAAGCAUAAUUAAGUAAAUGUGUUUAUGUAUUUUUUAUUCAAUAAAAAUAUAAAUUAUUUUUUUAAA